GUCACAGGACUGUACAGGAGACACUCGCCGGUUGUGGUUGAUUCCUGUUACCGACUUUUAGGUCUCUGAGCUGAUCUGAACCGAGAAAAAUGGCCAAAAAGCGAAGAGAAAGACAAGAAAUCGACGGGCUCUCCUCAACACAGGCGGAAUCACACGAAGACACGAGUAAAACACAGAUAUUUAAAGAAUCCCCCCAGCCUACUCAAGGGUCAGCGCGGAUGUCACUUCUUAUUCUGGCUUUUAUCUUCACAUGCUCUGCCUCGUUCAUGUACCUGGUCUACAGACAUUUUCCUGAGCUCUCUGAAGAUGAAAUGGAGAAAAUCAAGAUCCCUAAAGAUAUGGAAGAUGCCAAAGCUUUGGGGACAGUACUGUCCAAAUACAAAGAUACAUACUACACUCAAGUGUUGGUUGCAUAUUUUGCAACAUAUAUUUUUCUUCAAACAUUUGCGAUCCCUGGAUCAAUUUUUCUGAGUAUCCUGUCGGGAUAUCUCUAUCCUUUUCCACUGGCCUUAUUCUUGGUGUGCCUGUGCUCUGGCCUGGGGGCUUCUUUUUGCUAUAUGCUGUCUUAUUUGGUGGGAAGACCCAUGGUUUACAGAUAUCUCACAGAAAGAGCUCAGAAAUGGUCUCAACAGGUGGACAAACAUAGGGAUCAUUUGAUAAAUUACAUUAUCUUCCUGAGAAUCACUCCUUUUCUUCCCAACUGGUUUAUCAAUAUAACAUCCCCUGUCAUUAAUGUGCCUUUAGGGGUGUUUUUUAUUGGUACCUUUUUAGGAGUUGCACCGCCGUCCUUUGUUGCCAUAAACGCUGGGACAACACUGUACAAACUGACCACAGCUGGAGAGGCAGUGUCCUGGAACUCUCUGGCUGUGCUGGGGAUACUAGCAGUGCUCUCCAUUUUACCUGUGUGCUUCCAGAAGAAACUACAGAAGAAACUGGAGUAGAGCACUUCACCUCAUACUUUCCCUCUGUUCCUCCUCAGCUCAGGAACAAUGCAGCUGUCGCUCAACUGGCUGUGUGUUUGGUUGCAUCCACACUGCUCAUGACGCUGGUUAUUUACCACCAGCUCAACAAGAACUUACUGAUAAUUACCAAAUGCAUGCAGUGGUUGAGUGGUCCAUUACACUGCAAGGAAUGCUGUUUGCAUUGGUUAAGUUUCUGUGAGUUAUGUUAUUUGUACACAUUUUAAAAUCUAAUAAUUUAUAGCUCAUUUUGUUUGAAGGUGCUACAUGUAGCAUAGAAUGACAAGGCCAAUUUUUUCAGUGUUUUUAUUAGUUGAUCAUACUGCAACAAAUACAGAUACUGCUCAUAUGUUUCUGCAACAAUUGUGUUCUAUUCUAUUUGCAGUACCUUCACACUCAUAUUGUCUAUGUUCUUAAUAUUUAUUGUCCAAGUCAUACUCACACCCACACUCAUAUUGUCUAUGUUCUUAAUAUUUAUUGUCCAAAUCAGGUCAUGCAUAUGUUGAGAGCAAUAAUUCACAAAUUAAUGAUUGAACUAGUUUUUGUCCUUUGUAAAGAAAUCUUAACUUUUUAUAUCAGGUGCACAAUUGCCAAUGUAUGUGUUGAAGAGGUAGACAUGAUGAUGGUUUACUGCCACAUGUAUUCUCCUUUGAACUGCAUUUGUGUAUUUAUUAAAGCUUAGUUAAUACAUGCUUAUAUAGUAUUUUAGAUAGCUUUAAUCACAUACCACAUACAAUCUUAAAAUGGCUCCCACAACAAGAAUGGGAUUUGAAAAAACAGAAUAACAUUUGACUUUCUUUUAUGACCUUUGACCUGGCUAUUGUGCAUUUUUGUAACACCAUAACACGUUUAUAAUAUAGAAAUAGACAGAAAUGUGCAGCACCCCCUCCCAAUUACCUCAAUGCUAUUGACAGUCUUAAUGGUGCCGACAGCACUGGAAGAGAGUGGAUGGUGCCUCUUUUGAGAAAUAUUUAAAUUAUCCUGCAUGCUUUUUUUCCUUUUCCACAAUGAUGGUCUUUGUUUGCUUUUGAAGAUAUAUUGCUGCUAAAGUUGUGGAAGAUUAAGUUAUAUAACGAAUGUACAUAGAAAGAACCUACAUUGUUCAUCUGUUAAACUUGGUCUCUUUUAACCUGAUGUCUUAAUAAUUUGAUCUCUCUGAUUUAAAACCCUCAUAGGCUUGUGUGCACUGUUCAUUAAGUUGUUUAAUUAAAAUGCAACCACCGAGAAUGAG